CAUACCCACAUGUCGUCCAAGCUUUUUCCCCCUUACCGUGCCGAGCACAUCGGUUCGCUUAAACGUCCCGCUGAGCUCCUCCAAAAGCGUGCGGCUUUUGAGAAGGGCGAGGUUACACAAGAUGACCUCAAGCCUAUCGAGGACUCGGCAAUAAAGGCCAUCAUAGAGAUGCAGCGGGAAAUCGGCAUUAAGGCCAUGACAGACGGAGAGUUUAGAAGACAUAUGUUUUUCGACGGAGUCUUUGAUAACCUGGAGGGGAUGAAACAUAUCCCGGAAGUGCCCUUGCAUAUGUUGAUGGACUACUGCCCCGAUGUCGCUGCUUUCAAAAAGCUGAAUUUCCAUGGAGGUGACUCCCAUAUCUGCGUGGGUAAAAUUAAGCGCACGAAGCCAUUCUACAUCGAGCAAUUCAAGGCGCUUAAAGCAUUGACGAAGCCCGAAGAACACAAGUCUUUGAAACUCACAAUGUGUGCACCAGAAUGGUAUCAUCUCCGACACGGCGAAUAUGCAUACCCUAAGGAUGUGUACAAGAACGACGAUGAGUUCUUCACAGACGUUGCCAAAGCAUACCAGGAAGAGAUUGCAGAACUGUAUGCGCUUGGGUGCCGGAACAUCCAAUUCGACGAUCCUCUCCUUGCCUAUUUCUGUGCGACGUCUAUGAUCGAAGGCAUGGAAGAGAAGGGUGUUGACCACGAGGCGCUCCUCGACACGUAUCUUAGGACAUAUAAUACGAUUCUUUCAACUCGUCCGAAAGACAUGACUGCUGGCUUGCACCUGUGCCGAGGCAACUUCAAGGAUGGUGUACAUUUCAGUGAAGGCGGUUACGACAGGAUAGCCAUUAAACUUUUCAACGAAACUAACGUGGACUGCUUCUACCUUGAGUACGACACUGAUCGUGCAGGAACCUUUGAGCCUCUGAAGCACCUCCCGAAGAACAAGACUGUUAUUCUUGGUCUGGUUUCCUCAAAGCUACCAAAGCUCGAGGACCCAGAGGAUUUGAAAGCCCGCGUCGCCCAAGCUGCCAAAGUCAUUGCCGACGGUACACAAAAGCGAACUUACGAAGAAGCUUUGAACCAAAUCUGUAUUAGCCCACAAUGCGGCUUCGCGUCUCACGCAGAAGGCAAUCCAGUGACUGAAGAAGACAUGAAGAAAAAACUCGCGCUUGUCGUACAGACUGCAAAGUCAAUCUGGAAGGAUGCGUAAUGAAUUCCUCAU